GCCAUGGAGCGCUCGCCGCCCGACGGGCCGCUGAACGCGUCGGGGGCGCUGGCGGGCGAGGCGGCGGCGGCGGCGGCGGCGGCCGCGGCGGCGGGCGGGGCGCGCGGCUUCUCCGCCGCCUGGACCGCGGUGCUGGCGGCGCUCAUGGCGCUGCUCAUCGUGGCCACGGUGCUGGGCAACGCGCUGGUCAUGCUCGCUUUCGUGGCCGACUCGAGCCUCCGCACGCAGAACAACUUCUUUCUGCUCAACCUCGCCAUCUCUGACUUCCUCGUGGGAGCGUUCUGCAUCCCGCUGUACGUGCCCUAUGUGCUGACUGGCCGCUGGCCCUUCGGGCGGGGCCUCUGCAAACUGUGGCUGGUGGUGGACUACCUUCUCUGCACCUCGUCCGUCUUCAACAUCGUGCUCAUCAGCUACGACCGCUUCCUGUCGGUCACCCGAGCCGUCUCGUACCGGGCCCAGCAGGGUGACACGCGGCGGGCAGUGAGGAAGAUGCUGCUGGUGUGGGUGCUGGCCUUCCUGCUGUACGGCCCGGCCAUCCUCAGCUGGGAGUACCUGUCAGGCGGCAGCUCCAUCCCCGAGGGCCACUGCUACGCCGAGUUCUUCUACAACUGGUACUUCCUCAUCACGGCCUCCACCCUCGAGUUCUUCACGCCCUUCCUCAGCGUCACCUUCUUCAACCUCAGCAUCUACCUGAACAUCCAGAGGCGCACCCGCGUCCGGCUGGACGGGGCGCGCGAGGCGGCCGCCCCGGAGCUCCCGCCCGAGGCCCAGCCGUCCCCGCCCGCGGCCGUGCCCAGCUGCUGGGGCUGCUGGCAGAAGGGGUGCGGGGAGGCUGUGCCGCUGCACAGGUGUGGGGUCGGGGUCGGCGAGGGGGCCCCGGGCACCGAGGCCAGGGAGGCGGCCCUCGGCGGCGGCGGAGGGGGCGCCGCGGCCUCGCCCACCUCCAGCUCCGGCAGCUCCUCGAGGGGCACGGAGCGGCCGCGCUCGCUGAAGAGGGGCUCCAAGCCGUCCGCGUCCUCGGCGUCCCUGGAGAAGCGUAUGAAGAUGGUGUCCCAGAGCGCCACCCAGCGCUUCCGGCUCUCGCGGGACAAGAAGGUGGCCAAGUCGCUGGCCGUCAUCGUGAGCAUCUUCGGCCUCUGCUGGGCCCCCUACACGCUCCUGAUGAUCAUCCGGGCGGCCUGCCACGGCCGCUGCGUCCCCGACUACUGGUACGAGACGUCCUUCUGGCUGCUGUGGGCCAACUCGGCCGUCAACCCCGUCCUCUACCCGCUGUGCCACUACAGCUUCCGCCGAGCCUUCGCCAAGCUGCUCUGCCCCCAGAAGCUCAAGCUCCAGCCCCACAGCUCCCUGGAGCACUGCUGGAAGUGAGCCGGCCUCCCUGGGCACCUGGGCUGUGGGGGGGGACAGGCCCUCCCUUGCCGCCCCCCCUCCAGGUCCUGGCUUCCCAAGCAGCCGGGCCUCGCCCCUCUCCCCCUGGCCGCCCCCAGGGCUGAGCCAUGCCUUGUCUCCGGCCCACCCUCAAGGCCAUGGCAGCCUCUCUCAUCCCUCCCUCUGGCAGUUGAGGCAGCCUGGUGGGCCGGCUGGAAGGGCCCUCGCUGCCCGAACCAGGAUGUGGCCGCCCCCAUCCUGCUCUGCCCCAGAGGGGCCAACCCAGGGGUCCCAGGCACUCUGUCCACCCCCCACGGACAGUGCGAUGGCCAGUGGGGUCCACCCUUCGCAGUCACUGCUUGGUGAUCUUCCCAGAGCAAGCGUUUGGUGUGUGCCCCAAGCCUCCAGAGCUGGUGCCCUGGCCCCGCACGUGCACACCCCCGCACACCCGCCUCGUCCCAGACGAGCCCCGGACGCUAGCUUCGCUGCUGUCUCCUGCUUAAGUCCGGGGCCAGGCCCCUUCAUCCCUCUUUCUGCCAACUUUCUGUGACCCAAAGUGCCAGAUGCCCACCAAGGAGCCUCUGGCACGUCUCUGCUUCUCCAUCCUGGGAGUUUCAGGGAAGACGGAGAAGAAGAAAACGCGUCCGUGAACUUGAUGUUCCUUGGAUGUUUAAUCAAGAGAGAGAAAAUUGCUGAGGAGCUCAGGGCUGGACUGGCAGGUGUGGGCUCCCACGCCCUCCUUCCUCGUGCUGCUGCUUCCGGCCGAGCAGUGCCAGCUGUCUCUGCCCACCCCGCCCCCAGCUCCGGGUGCGGGGCCGGACUGGAGGCUCUGAGAGCGGCUGGAGCCCGGCCGCCUGGUCGUCGGGAAGGCUGCCCCUCCCGCCCCAUCUGCUGUCAGAGUCCCCUGGGGCUGUCAGGGGAGGGGACAGGGGCCGGGGUCCAGCAGAGGGGUUGCUUCACCAUAUCCCACACAUCCAGUGGGCACCCUGCAUGCCCAGCUCCCAUACCUGCUGUGCUGCCCUGCAGACCCCAGAGUCCACAGUAAAGUGUAU